AGCCCAGGGUGUCUGUCUGGGUCUCAGACACAUACUGUUCCACUACCUGGCGAACAGCCCUCGAAGAGGGAGAAAUAUCAUUUCUUUCACCCUCAACUCACCUAGUCAAGCCACACAGGAACAAAAAUGAUGGAACACCUUCUUGAUACCGUUACUCUGAAGUUCUGGAAAGGCAAACAAGAAAAUAAGUGCCUUGUACCCGCCACCCCCAAGGAUCUGCCAGACUCCAAGAGCAUGAAAGAGCUGAGUCAGAGCGAGCCCUCUGAAGAUGAAGCUUGGGAGAGAUUCUUUGCUGAUUCUGCCUCAAAGAGGGAAGAGGCCAAUGUGCUCUGUGAGAGCCUGUGUGGGUUAUAUGAAGACAAGCUGUUCAAUGACGUCGACUCUUUGAUGAUGCUGAUUGAGCAAGAUGACAGUCUCUCAGCUGAGGACAAAAUCUUUCUGAAAGAGUUUCCUGAGAAGAAGCUGGAACUACAGAAGCGUAUCCAGGACCUCCAUGCUGCUGCAGACCAAGUCGACAAGACCCACAAGAAAUGCGUCAUCACCAACGUGGUAGUGGGCUCCACCAGCGUCCUCUCUGGUGUCAUGAGCAUCCUGGGCUUGGCUCUUGCACCAGUCACAGCAGGAGGAAGUUUGGUCCUCUCCACUUCUGGGAUUGGCUUGGGGGCAGUAGCUGCUAUCACCAGCCUUUCCUCAAGCGUCAUUGAACAUGCCAGCAAUUCGGUAGCGAGAGAGCAAGUGAGCAACCACAAGGGGACCAAGGGACAAGCAUCCGUGGUGGUCUUGUGUAAGGAGGUACCCCAAGUCGUUUCUGUUGCUCAGAAGUGUAUUUCUAUGGGUAACCAAGUCAUGGAAGAAAUCAAAAAGAACAUCCGUGCCUUCCGCUUGGCUAAAGCCAAUCCCUGUUUAACUACGAGUGCCAAAAAUUUCAUGACCACUGGGUACCUCUCAACCCGGAGUGCCCAGAAGGUGGAGAAGGCCUUUGGUGGUACAACCCUAGCCAUGACCAAAGGCUCCAGGAUGACGAGCGCCAUUUCAAUAGGUGCAUUGGUUCUGGUAGACAUGAUUACCUUCAUUGGAGAGCUGAACCAUUUACUAGAGGGGGCAAAGGCUGAAAUGGCAGAAGAACUUAGGGAGCAGGCUCAGGAGAUGGAAAGGAAACUUGGGGAGCUUUCUCAGGCAUAUAAUGGUCUGUUGGAUAUCAUCACCUCACAGAGCACCAGAGAAGGGGAAGCUGUGGAUGAUGCGGUAGGAUCAACUCAAUAGGAGCACAAAAAGUACCUUCCUUUAGGUGAAGGUUUAUGGGAUGUUCAGCCUACAGAGCACAGCUGAAAGUUUAGACACCAUCUUAGGAGAGCUAAGGCAUGUGCUGGGACCAGGGACAGAUUUAUUGGCACUCACACCUGGAAAGAAAAG